CCCAAAUCUUCUGUGAACAGGACAGAGCACAGCCCACGGCCGGAGAGGGCUCUUACCCCCUUGGUGCGCACGGUGGCGAUUCAGACAGAUUACCGGGAUAGCGAGGCGCAGACUGACCCCUACACUCCAGAGUUUGUAGUGCGACCCGGGUCUGUUCCCGAGAUACUGAUGCUGGCCAAUCUGACCUGGGGCCAUGGUCUCCCUGCUGGGCUGGCAGAAGUGGAGAUGAUCGAGCGGGCAAGAGAAAAGAGAGCCUGGGAGGCAACACUGCCGCCUCUGAGCGAUGAAAGCCAGCUGGAGAAGAGACGAAAGAUGAUGGAUGAGCAGGAGAGGAAGGAGUGGGCCUUCCGGGAGCAGGAGAUAGGGAAGCUGCAGGAGGCUCGACUCGAGGUGCUCAAGAAGCUUCUCCAAAAACGAAAAGAGAGCCAGAACGAGCUGGACACAAAGAGGCUGGACGCCAAAUGGUCCAAACUACAAACCGAGAAAGAAGAGACUAUAAAACGGAUGCGGAAGGAACACAUCAAAGUGAUCAGGAAGCUGACAAAGAAGAUGGGAAAUGUUGAAGGGAAGUUGGAGAGGCGCGAUGUCAUUCAGGAGUACUCCAACUACGCCUCUCAGACCUACGCUCCCCUCUCCCGGAUUGGUUACUCCCUAGAUCGCCUCUCUGCACAGUACACAGUGAGAAGCCCUUUCCUGGACUCCUACCAAGGUUUGCUGGACAUGGAGGCCAAUCUUCCAGAUUUUGUAACACAGCCUCGUGUCCAGGCCCCCAAGCCCAGGACAACCACAAGGGACGGCUUCUUGAAACGUCAAGCUCUGCUGGACCGUGAGCUGAAGCAAGUCCACGAGACCCUGCUGAACAAGAAGAAUGACACUCCGCAGCCACAGAAGCCUCUCCGCUUCUUACAGAAGAUAGAGAAGCCGACUCCCCGGCCUGCCACCCCCAGAGUGCCAGAGCCGCCAGAGGGAGACGAGGACAAGGAGCUGGCUGUCAUCUUCAUACAGAAAUUGAUCCGGGGUCGGGCGAUACAGAACAUGAUAUUCGAGGGGAAGGAGAAGCGGCUGGAGCUGAUCCGGGAACUGCGCACCACGCACGCCCUGCAGGAGGAGGGGCAACUGCUGAAGGAGGAGGAUAGACAGGAGACCCUGGCCCUGCAGCGUCAGCAUGAACUCGAGGAGCACAAGGCCUCGGUGCAGGAAGAGCACCUGUCCCGGCUGGAGGGGGAGGUCCUCUCGGACAUGUUCGACUUCCUCUCCAAGGAGCUCGUCCGCCUGCAAGAAGAGCGCAGGAUCCACGCAUUCGCCAUGCUCGCCGAACGCCACCGGCGCAUCCGAGAAGCGGAAGAAAGCGGGAGGAGACAGGUGGAGGAGCGGAGGAGGCGGGAGGAGGAUCCUCGUGUCCGGCAGGUUGUUAACAUUCACCAGAGCACCGUGGACUCUUACCUGGAGGACGUCAUCCUCAGUGCCACCGAGAGCACGGCGGAGGAGCAGGCCCGAGAGGAGAUCCAGCGCAGAGCUCAGGAGAUCAAUGAUAUCGCUUAUCAGAUGGAGGGCAGCCGUACCCGGCUACAGUCGGAGGAGAUCGUGGCGGAGUUGGUGUACAGUUUCCUCAUCCCAGAGAUCCAGAAGAAGACUGUCCGGGAGAGAGUGAGGAACUCCCAGCGCAGACAUAUUGCUGCCGCCCAUCGGAUCGUUCAUGGAAACACCGAGGACUACCUGAGGGCGGAGUCACACCAAUCACAAGCAGCGACCGAGGCGGAGCGGGAAGGGGAAGAAUUGCAGUGA